UGCCCCCUCCUCCCUCCGGCGCUGCCUCUCAGCCCUCCCCCGGCGAAGGGGCUUCCGCGGGCUCGGGGCGGCUGCAGGCGCUGGAGCACCCCCCGCCCCGCCCGGCGCUGGGUGGCUGCCGUGCCGGGGGUCCGGGGGGGCCCGGCCCCGGGGUGGAGCUGGGAAGCGGGGCUGCUCCGCCGGUCCCGGGAUGCGGCAGGAACUCCAGGCUCCGCAGCUGGAAGCAUCUGGAGGGAAGAGGCCGCGCGGCGUUGGCGGCGGUGCCCGUCGCUCCUGCACGCAAACGUCUGGAAUUAGCAUGAGUUAGUUGCUGGGCUCUGCCUACACCGUCUGCCUCGUGUGUCAGCCUGCGGAUCGAUGGCGGCGGGGUGAACGCUGGAAACUCCUUUGCAAGACCAGGGUGAUGCGAGAAGGAGCCCGGCAUGCCGUACUUGGAUCGACAGAACCGUAUCUGUGGGUUCCUGGACAUUGAAGAAAAUGAGACCUGUGGCAAGUUUCUGCGGAGGUAUUUCAUCCUGGACACCCAGGCCAACUGCCUCCUGUGGUACAUGGACAACCCUCAGAACCUGGCCAUCGGUGCGGGUGCUGUCGGAUCUCUGCAGCUGACCUAUAUUUCCAAGGUUAGCAUCGCCACCCCGAAACAGAAGCCGAAAACUCCAUUCUGCUUUGUUAUCAAUGCUUUAUCUCAGCGCUAUUUCUUACAAGCCAGCGAUCAGAAGGACCUGCAGGACUGGGUGGAGGCGCUGAACCGGGCCAGUAAGAUCACGGUGCCAAAGGGUGGCAGCGUCCCACUGGCCACGGAGAUUGCGAAGCCUCCAGUGGUGCCCCAGGCCCAGGAGAGGAAGCCCCAGGUGGCCUACAAAACCGAGAUCAUCGGGGGGGUGGUGGUCCACACACCCAUCUCCAUCAACCAGAACGGCGGCGAUGGAGGGGAGGGCAGCGACGUGGCUGCCCACCCGCUGCUGCGGCGCUCACAGAGCUACAUCCCCACCUCGGCCGCCAAGCCGCCCACUGGGCCGCCCGUCCUCAAGAGCGGCUACUGCGUGAAGCAGGGGAACGUGAGGAAGAGCUGGAAGCGCCGGUACUUUGUUCUGGAUGAAUUUUCCAUCAGUUACUACAAGUGCGAGCAGGACAAGGAGCCCUUGCGUUCGAUUCUCCUGAAGGACAUUUGCAAGACCCACGAGUGCCUGGUCAAGUCCGGUGACCUCCUGAUGCGGGACAACCUCUUUGAAAUCAUAACGAGCUCCAGGACCUUCUACAUCCAGGCAGACAGCCCUGAGGACAUGCACAGCUGGAUCCGAGUAAUCACAGGGGCGGUCCAGGCCCUGAAAAACCGCCCGAGGGAAAUGUCCUUCAUGAGAUCCACCUCCAUGAUCAAGCCUGGGGGCUCCAUGGCCCCCUCCCAGCAGAGGCAGGUGACGGAGGAGAGGAGAGCACUGUGCAAAGCCCCCUCCACCUCGUCCUGGCAGCCCUGGACCCCGGUGCCACAGGCAGAGGGGAAGCAGCCGGUGCCGGAGGAGAUGCCCACGCUGCUGAGAGACUCGGUGUUCAUGCCAGCCUUCACAGAGCGCGAUGCUGGAGCUGCGCCAGGCAAGCGCUUGCGGCACAAGUCAGAGCCGCAGCAUCUCAAGGAGAAGCCGUUCGCCUUUGACCUGGACGAUGAAAGCAUCCGGACAUCCGAUGUCUGACCAGGCGCUGAGCCACCCCCCGGCUCUGUGCACCGCCUCCCUGCCUGCCGGGGGUCCCCGUGGGGUAGCUUGGGGUGUGCAGCCACGCCAUGCCCAGGCCGGCUGGGCUCCACGCGUCCGCUCAGUGUCUUGGACCAAGCUCACCCCAUCUUCUCAGCAGGGGUGAAGUGGCCCCUUCCCUCCACUGCUGCUCUUCCCUCCGGUACAGGCUCCACCGCACCCAUGUCCUGGUGCCCUGCCCUGCCGGGGACGGGGUUCCUGCCUGCGCUUUGCCCCGGGUGGCUCCGUGUUCUGGCUUUGCGGGGUGAGAAGCGCUGGUCCCCAGCACGGCGCAGAGGAGGGGGCAUCAUCUUCCGCAACCGCAUAAUUUACCCCAAAAUUCAAGCCUGGAGGAAGCAACAGGGGGUCUCGGAGUUAUGAAGGGGAGAGUGGCCUUUCUUGUGUUCAGAAAAACAUUUUUCACCCUUUUCAUGCUGCUCAGCCUUCCCUGGGCAGCUGGGCAGAGCUGUGGAGACACCAGCCCGCAGCUGCCUGCACAAGGGACACACUGCAACUGCCCGUUUUGGCGACUUUUUCCCUAGGAGACCUGCUCUGUGCACUGCCUGACUAGUGCUGUAUCAACAGGUCUGUUGGCUUUUAGUUAUACCUCUUUACACCGGUGGCCACGUUGAAACCCAGUGCUGCAGGCUGCCCGCCCAGCCCCUCUGGAAGGCUCGUUGAUGCUUCUUGGGCAGGCAGCUGGUGCAACAGCGGCUGCCGGCAACAGGAGGUUCCUCAGGUACGGUGGUGGUUUUGCACUGCAUGCAUCUGGGCACCAGAAAGUCUUGCCCAGGUGGUGAAGUGCUUUUAGCAAAAAAGCAACAAAAGCCAAGUGUUUAAUGAAAUUGGGAGGGCUUGUCCAGCCAACUCACCUGCUGCCUGCCUUGAAAUGGAAAUGAGUGGAAGUUUUGAGAGCAACACAAACUCAUCAUUUCCAUAACUAAAUAAGCUGCUGUAGAAGGUGUGAUAGAUAGCGUGUAGAAAUUUCAGGUAUUCCCUGGGCAGCGAGAUCGUCUGAUACCUUCACCCCAAAAGGUGUGUGUAGUCCUUUGGCACCGAGCGAGGAUGCGCGUCCUUGUCCUUGCUGCCAGCAGCAGGUUGCGUUGCUGUGACUGAGAGCUGCAGCAAGCCCAUGCAGGCGUAGGUGCUGCAGCACCUUGUUUGAGGGCUUUUGCCUGGACCUGGGGUGGCGGAGUGAGGAGGAUGGUUGGGGCUCUGUCUGUGCCCUGUGGAGAGCAGCACACGUCUGGGUGGGAAAGCUUUAGCCCGGAGUUGUGUUAAGCAGAGCAAGUGAAGGCAUCCCUGCAUGGGGCUGCUGCACUCUGUGGGCAUCCCAGCUGCAGGGGGACUGGCACCGGAGCUCGGGGCGGGGGAGGGGGACGGACUGCAGGGGGUGCCAGGGGUUGUGCGGGGCCCUGCUGAUGGGCACAGGGGUUUUAAAUGUGCUGGCCUUGGCCCAGUCGCACUGCCACGUCCCACGUCAGACACAGGCACGUUUUUUGCCGUCUUAGAUCUACUCCUGCUGAGGAAUCUGGGUGGCCAGUGUGGCAGUGGCGUGGCCAGCUUGGCAGCGCCUGGAGUGGUCUGGAGUUAACAAGGCUUCUCCUCUCUGUGGGCUAGUUAUCUGUUCUUUUAUUUUUGUUUUCCGUCUUUGCUUUUUUUUCUUGUCAUUACACGUUCUCUGCUCUGCAAAAUCAGCCAGUGUGCUCCCCAGGAGCAAAGAAAUCUGUUUUGUCCCUGCCCUUUCCCAGUCUCCAGCUGUUUGACAGCUGUGCUUCAGCCUAGCUUGGGCUCAGCCUGGGAUUGAGCGGGGCUUUAUCGGUUGAGCUCCAAGCGCUGAUUAGCCCGACUGAUCUUAACAAGGUUAAAACUGCAUCUUCCUUCGUUGAUCCCCUUCUGUGUUGGAGGGGCUGUGCCUCCAGCGACAGGGCCUCCCAGAUUUGGGGUAAGGGUGGCUCAAAGGGGGUUGUGUGGAGGUGCUGGAGAACACUGAAACUAUGAAAAUGAGUGAGAAUCGAUGCUAUAAUGGUACAGGGUGAGUGUUCGUAUUUGUUAUUUAAUUGUAGAAACCUAGAUCAUGCUGUUCCUUUUUCUUCUCCUUUUUGCUUUAUUUGCACUAGUGUUUGAAAUCAUUAUUUUUUUUUAGGCUGACUUGGUGUUUGGCUCGUAACAUGGUGUUUCAGAAAUGUCUUGGUAAUUCAGUAAGCCUAUCAAUCACAGAGUCACAGCAUUUGGUGAUAGCACACUGACCUCAUUUCUGGAGAACAUCAAAUGCAGAGAGAUGAUGGUUACUUGGUGCAAGGCUUCAAAACCAUGGAGUACCAAGUGUUUUUGUUGCUUGCUAAUUGGAAAGUUUCUUCGGGCCUGGGAUGGUAAAGCAGAAGCUUGUUGCACAAUCGGGGUUAAUUAUCCAGGAGGAGAAACUACCAGUGGCUCCAGCUAUUGCAACAUUCCUGUUUCUCAUUCCCACCCUCCCGCAUCCCCAGGACAGCUUGAAGGCUGAAUGUGAGACUGAAACAAGCAUGUUGAGAGUUGAGCCAGGCUCCAUACCCGUCCAUCAUGCAGGUGGUGUGGUGGGGAGGAAUUUCUCUCCCACCCCAAAGGACCAGGCAGAUGCAGCCAGACCUCAGUGGAGCUUUGCAGUGAUUUUUAAAGCAAACUUAUUAUCCCCUCAUCUCUGCAUUUGCUUCCUAGCUGUCCUGUGUGUGGAUGAACGCAUCCCCCAGUAGCUGCUCCUUUUUGAAGAUGAAGCGUGUGCUGUGAGUUUUCCCCGCUUUCCUAGAGGUACAUGCAGGUUCGAGGUGUCUUGUGCGGAAAGAGUGGUGAGAGAGAUGGGUUUGCUCUUUUCUAUGGAAACUCCCAAGCGGUUUCAGCCGUUUGUGCAAGUACUGGCUGUGGAUUUCAAGUGCUCUUAGGGCUGGGGUGCCUCAUGUGGGCGAUGCUCCGUGACUCCCGUGGUGUCGGUUACUCACCUCCCGCCCCUUGCCUGUAAAUGCUGUCUGCAGGAGAUGGAAUGCCCUUUUUUCUGUGUUUUUAAAUAAAAAAAAGGAAAUCCCA